CAAGUGGGAUUGUCACGGACUGCAGGGCCGAUGCAGCCUUCUGUGCCACCAGGCUCCAGCAACGUGGUCACGGGCACGAGCUCCGGGGGUCCCUUCCUAGGGAACCAGCCUCAGGCAGCCAUCAUGAAGCAGAUGCUGAUAGAGCAGAGAGCCCAGCUCCACGUAAUAGAGCAGCAGAAACAGCAGUUUCUCCGAGAGCAAAGGCAGCAGCAGCAGAUCCUAGCGGAGCAGCAGUUGCAGCAGCAGUCACAUUUGCCUCGGCAGCACCUGCAGCAACAGCGAAGCCCGUAUCCAGUGCAACAGGUCAACCAGUUCCAAGGUUCCCCCCAGGAUAUAGCAGCUGUGAGAAACCAAGCAGCACUCCAGAACAUGAGGACAUCCCGAAUGAUGGCCCAGAACGCGAGCAUGAUGGCAAUGGGUCCCUCCCAGAACCCGAGCACGCUGCCCACGACUGCGGGCCAGUCGGAUGUGGGCAUGGCUCCUUACAGCAACGCCUCCUCCAGCCAGCCGGGAAUGUACAGUAUGAGCACAGGGAUGAGCCAAAUGUUGCAGCACCCAAACCAAAGCAGCAUAAACAUGGCACACAAUGCAGGCCAGGGGACGAGGCAGCCCGCCUCCGGACAAGCGGUGGGAAUGGUUGGCAGUUUUGGUCAGAACAUGCUGGUAAACUCCGCUCUUCCCCAGCAUCAGCAGCAGAUGAAAGGACCUGUGGGCCAGGUCUUACCAAGGCCACAAGCACCACGACUUCAGAACCUGAUGGGGACUGUCCCUCAAGGAACACAAAACUGGCAACAGCGAGGCUUGCAAGGCAUCCCUGGAAGGACUAGCGGUGAAAUGGGGCCCUUCAAUAACGGCACCACGUACGCGAUGCAGUCUGGGCAGCCCCGGCUGUCCAAGCAGCACUUCCCGCAGGGGCUCAAUCAGACAGUUGUGGACACAAGUGGAACAGUAAGAACCCUGAACCCGGCUCUGGGAAGACAGUUGCUGCAACCACUACCUGGGCAACAGGCAGCCAGCCAGGCCAGGCCCAUGGUGAUGUCAGCAAUCAGCCAAGGGGUCCCCACCAUGUCAGGCUUCAGCCAGCCCCCGACGCAGCAAAUGCCAGGUGGUAACUUCGCUCAGAGCAGCCAAGGCCAAGCAUACGAGAGGAAUCCCACUCAGGACAUACCUUACAACUACAGCAGUGAAGGAGCAGGGGGGUCAUUCUCCAGUUUAGCAGAGGGCGCAGACCUCGUGGACUCCAUCAUUAAGAGCGGACCAGGGGAUGAGUGGAUACAAGAACUUGAUGAGUUGUUUGGAAACCCCCAGUGAAUGGGCUUGUACAGUCUGGAGCUUUGGUUGUUACAUUUGAAAAAGAAAAGAGAGAGUUGGAUGUUCUCCCCACCCCUGGAUGGUUGGUUUUGGGUUUUUGUUUGAAUUGUUUUGGUUUGAGGUUGUUUUGUUUUCUGUUGUUUUUAAUCAUGCAAACUGAGCUGAUCUGUAGCCAACCUUGGAAGAUUCAGGGGACGAUGACAACAUUGGCAUCUCAAGGCAUUCUACCAGGCAACCUUUGCUGUAUGGCAGUGCCUACUUUGUGUCUGUAUGAGGCAGAGUGGGGAAACUGGAAAGGCCAGCUGAUGCCUCUGGUUGGGAAAAUUUGUUCUUUCCCCUCUUCAAAUGAGGUUUCAUUGCAUAGUGGUAUGGGGUGCUCACAAUGUCUCCCACCUCGUAUAACUGUGAACACUGCAGCUUUCAGGGGAGCAGAUGAAAAGCCUGGAGCAAAGUCCACAGAUGUCCAUGGGCAAUUGCACAAGCCCUGGUCAGAGAUGGGCUUAACCCUGGGGGUAGGCAGGUGGGGUCUGGGCUGUCAUAAGGGAACGUGCAGCACUCACGUGAUAAACCUGAACAAAUCACAGGGAGAUCACCAUUUUCACUGCAGAGAUAAAACUUCAGUACAAGUGCAGGAGAACAUUAAAUUUGUCAGUGUUGUGAGGACAGUUUGAUUAUGGGACUGCUGCUGGAGACAGCUUAGGUGGGUGGGUUAACUUAAUGAGCUGCUUAGUCCCCUUGGGACUUGCAAUAGUGCUUCCCUGUCAGAGCACUUUGGCAUGUAUCUGCUGCCUGGGGGUGUUAAAGGGCUGAGAGGUACCAAGAGACAUCAGCAUAGGUCCUGAGCGGGUCCCUCCCUCUCCUUCCUUCACAGUAUGUUCUCAGUUCACUUCCCUCCCCUCCUGUCCUUAAAUGUAAAGCAAGGUGAGCUGGCUGCAAUUUUUUUCAGGUGAGCCACAAAGGAGCAGAGAGGGGAUGAGAAAAUAGGCAUGAGAAAACAUACAGUGAGGAUCUGGCAUACAGAAGGAGUUUCUCUUCCUCAUCUGAAAAGUGCAAGUUUAGCAGGUAGUAUUACCCCGGGAUGUCUGGUCUCUCGAUGGGCUAUGUUCAGUUUUAAACAGAUGUUUGGUCUAAUCUCUCUGGUUUGCUGGAAUAAAAUUCAAUGCAGCUUUUGAAGAACAGGAGCCAGUGAAGGACUACUGUAAAGACCGUUCAUGAAUGGGUAAAAUAAUUGAUAUUACAAACAUGGGCUCUGCCCAACUAAGGUUUUACGUGAUAGCAAUGUAUCACUAUCUCCACUGUGUGGACCAGUGCUGACCAGCACUGUAAUGAAGUUGUGAUAUAUCUCGCACAAUAUCAAGUCACCAGCCAUUCUGAAUGUGUAAAGCAGCAGUUCCCAAGCUGCAGUCAGAGGCUGAGGAAAGGUGUUCUCCCAAACCUCGAAUCUUUUUAGUGUUUUCAGCUGAGAGCUGCUUAUCAGGUUACAUAGCGGUGCAUAAAAAAUGUUAACGUGAUCCAGAGUCCAGAACUUUUGGACUACUACCCUCUGACGUAGUGCUGGCCUCCAUUAGCCAUCAGCUGUGCUUUGCAGCAGAAGUGUAUGACUAUCAGUGCCACCUCUCCAGCUACCAAUUACCUCCUUGUGUGCUGCUCUCCUCGGGCCCAGCGGUGUGAAGUGCCGAGCCGCUGAAAUCCACGGAGGCUGAGGGCAUUGGCACUUUGCAGUUUCACAUCCUGCCUUUCCCUGUGGAGUACAGAUAUGCAUCACAUCAAAGAGUGGGAGCAAAUGGGCCUGGAACCAUCUCAGCGCCCCAUUGGGUUCCCUUUUGCACAGUAUCACCUUGCAGGGCCUUCCUAGAGGAAGGGAAUUACCUGUUUUACAUGCUAUGAUAUCAGCAGGACAAGCUGCAUUUUUAAUGUGCUCAAGGUGAGCUGUCAAUCCAGCCUGCCCCGGCUGAUAUAUUUUUUUAAAACAGCUUUAGUUGCAUCUCUUUUAGCCAACCCCUUUUUAAAACACAAGGACCAAUUCCAGUUCCUGUUGAAGACCAUCAAGGUUUGCCUGUCUCUGCUUCAGCAAGGAGCCAGGUUGGGCCCUAAGUCAGUGUAAGGGAGCACCAGCCAAAGUUUUUGGUCAGUCUUGAGUGUAAGCACCUCUUGGUCAGAAUGGGAGAGGCAAAC